AGGAGCUUCUCGGAUUGAAAGGGGCCGCGCCACAAUGUCGGUUGAUGCCUUUUCAACUGGCGCGUCCAAUGCUCGGGAGCCAUUCAAUGGGGAGGCCUUGCCUCGGGUUCGGCAGACAGCACUGGAACUGAUGAAGAUCGCCUUGCCUACGAUGUUCUCCAACUUCUUAACGCUGCUCAAUGAGUUUACAAACACCGUUUGUCUCGGCCACGUGGGGAAUGAUGCAGAGUUGGCGGCGGUUGGCUUGGGAAACAUGAUGCAGAAUUGCUUUGGUCUCAGCAUUGCGUUUGGCCUCAGCACAGCCUUGGAUACGCUCGUGAGUCAAGCUCAUGGAGCAGGAGAACACAACCUAUGCAUACACUACUUGCAACGAAGCAGGGUGAUCCUCACUCUGCAGCUUCUGUGGAUGUUCCCAAUACUUUGGUUUAGUGAGGAUUUGCUGAUAGCUGUUGGGCAGCACAAGGAUGUUGCAAGGCAUGCGUGCUCAUACAAUCGGGCUGCCGCCUUUGGCUUGUUUUUCCUUUUCCAGCACCAGAACACACUGAGCUUCAUGCGGAACAAGAACAUGCCCAAUGCGGCCGCAUGGAUCGCUGGUGUGACUAGUACUUUGCACAUCGCAUGGGCCGUCUUGUUCAUCGUGGUCUGCGACUUAGGGAAUGAAGGUGCCGGACUGGCAAACUUCACCACUUGGACUUUGCAGUGCCUCUCAGGCGCAGUGGUUCUCGUUUGCAAGUCCUCCAGCUUGGGUGGCAACGCUUGGAAAUUGCUUGGAGUUCAGAAGGAAGGCUUUCAAGGAUGGAGGACGUUUCUUGCGAUUGGUAUCCCUGGCACGCUGCAGAUGUGUGGUGAAUGGUGGUUUUGGGAGAUUUGCGCCUUGAUCAUCGGCUUCUUGGGACCUACGCCUUUGGCUGGGCAUGUUACAACAAUCAAUUUGGUGGCCUUGCUUUUCAUGCCCACUGUGGCGCUGUCCAAUGCAGCUUCAACAGUUGUCGGAAACAGCAUCGGUGAAAUGCGCCCGAAAAAGAGCCGUCAGGCUGCUUGGACAGCCACUGGCAUGGAUUUUCUCCUGUGGACGGUUCUAGCGAUCAUUCUUUUGACGGGUGUCAAGUACGUUGUGGUACUCCUCACGGCUGACCCAGAUGUGCAAGCUAUCACAGUGCAACUCAUCAAGAUCUACUGUGUGGCCGGGUAUUUCGACAACAUCCAGAACGUCAUUGGUGGCGCCUUGCGUGGAGUCGGCAUCAAUAAAUUGCCUGCCGCAGUUUAUUUGGUUUGCUACUACUUGAUCAUGCUUCCAUUGGGCUGCUACAUGGUGUGGCCGCUCAAAAUGGAUGUGUAUGGCAUGUGGUGGUCGAUGGUUGUUGGCACCGGCUUGGCAACUUGUGCCCUUGCCAUCAUCCUCUACCGCGUGGACUGGGACAUGAAGGCCACCGAGUCCGAAGAGCGCCGUCUAAAAGACGGAAUGACCUCCCAAGCUGGCAGCUAGUGGAAGCGGUUGACAGUUGCUCCACAUUUUGCUUCCGCCAAAUACUGUGCCAGAAACUGGUGAAUUUUGCGGAGCAGUCGAGGAGCAUGUUGCACAUCAAAUCCAGCUAAGACACGUUUUGGAUCUAUUUGCAGGUAGACCUUGGAGAGUACCAUGAUGUCAUCGCUGUUAUGUUUUUGACCUUCGAUCAUGUUGUCCAGUGGGUGUCCUUGAUCCAUCGAAGAAGGACCAGGACCACCCUGGAUGCGAGCUCUUAAAAGCGGCCACAAGGUUGCGCACGCAGCCAUUCCAAAAAUGAAGUCUGUCAGAUGUGGAUCAGUAAUCCAACGCUCGAAUACUGGGCUCCUAGAGGACUUUUGCCGACAUGAGGUUUGUGGGAUUGCAAUUGCUUUGGUCUUACCUUGUUUGACUGCAUGCUUCUUCAGAUCAAUUUGCGGUCAUCUCGGCUUUAUUGCUUGGUAAUGGCCUCAUAGCGAUCAGUGCGACACACAUGCCUCGCGACCAGCUCAUGGCUCAGCGCUGUAGCUGACCGCGGAGCAUUGGCCAAAGUCGCCCUGCCUUGCGAGAUGGCUUGUCAGAGCUUGACCUGCCUGGCCUAGGAUGCAGAUAGAUGCGGUGAUGACAACGGUCGUUCGAGUCGUUGGGAGCUCCGGACCCGGACCACCUAGGCCAUGCGGCAACCGGCGGCGAUGGUGUGUGUGUCACAGGUCGAAUCCACGUCAGUGCUGCAUAGAAGAGGGAGAAAUAUGGAGAAAUCAGAAAUCAGACACUAGCAAGCAGCAAGUCCAUGACAGUCUUGCACACUGUUCUACAGCUAGCUGUCGUGGUGGCCACCGGCGCUGGGCUUUUCCUGCAAAAGCACUGCGCGAAUUGUGUUCAGUGUACAGCAGUGACAUUGCACAAAAGAGACUGCCGAACUUUUGAAGCUCCAACACAGGGAUUUGGGUUUAGAUCGAUAUUGGUUGGACUUUUAACUAGAAUUAUGUUAGUAUUUCAUUGUUUCUCUUCUCGAUGGGCCGGCCCGUUAA